AUGCUUGCAGAGGUUGUCGAUCGUAGGGGCCUGGAGUGGAGGGGAGGGGAAUGGCAGCCAGGCCAGGCCAGUCAGUUCGGGAGUAGUUGGAUCGAACGCUACCCGCCCGCUCGUCCUCGUCGUCGCCGUCGCCGUCACCCUCACCGUCAUCGUCGCCGUCGCCCAUUGCCCCGUUCAGUAUUAUCGACUGGAAUCGAACCUUUCUUCACCUUUGCAUCCACUGCCUCAUUUCUGCCCCACAACCUUGAGCUGGAGCCGGACGCGUGGGCUUUCUUGUUGAGUCUUACUCACUCAGAGAGCGGGCGUCAGAAGAACGAGGCUAUUCGGAUUCAGAGCUGCUGUGAUUGUCUGGCCAGUGCGCUGACCAGCACUUCUCUUAAUGCAGAUCCCUCCAAGCGCGACAGCAACGCAACCUCACCGUCGACUCGAUUCCAGCGGCGAAUACCUCGCAGGCAUACGAUUUAUCGACGUGUAAGGAUAGUAAAAAAGGCCCUGACAGCGUAUCCGCGGUCGCCACCCUCUCUCUCUACGCUCAGCCUCGUGCUCGAGCUUGAGAGGUCAACAAACGGCCCAGCCCGACCCGCACUUCCACCACCAGUCGGCGCCGGCAACAGACCUCAAACUUCCUUGGAUCCCACGAGCUCCUCUCCAUUUUGCGCUCGCGACGCGCUCCUUUUCAUCUCAACUUCAGAAUACCUCUAUUUCCCAACCUGCAACCGGUCGGAUACCUUUCUAUGCCAUUGCCCGACUUCCGAAUACGCCGCCGCCAACAGCCAUUUGUGUCUCUCUCUCACGGCGAAUCAAAGACCCCAACCGACGCUCAAGAUGAAAGGCUUUAGGCAGAGGGUUCAUGAGCAGCUCUCGCGCGCAAAAGACCCAAACAAAUCUUCCAAAUCCAAGAAUAAGGAAUCGAAAGAUGGAAGCUCGUCCCCGUCGCAAGCUGGAUCGUCUAGAGAAGCUGCCCAAUCUCCUAUAACAACACCUUCCUCUUCAACAACUGCGCUGAACGACCCAAGAAACAAGCCCCUCCCUAGUGAUGGUGGGCCGAAUGCGUUAUCCAGUCCUCUUCCACAAGUUGGAGGAGUGUCUUUAAACCCCGGCCUUGUGGCUCCAGAUCGGUUCAAUGCCAUGGGAGGUGGUUCACCAAGUGCUGGCGGACCCGGAACUCCAACUCGGCAUGGACUGCCUCCAAGUGUGGUCAUUAGCCCGAGUGCUCCCCAUAUCCCUCCCCCAGGCUCAGCCGAGACGAUGCCACACGAUCUCGCCCCCCCGAAAGCGGGACAGAAAUCAUUGAUGUUCGACCGUUUACAAACAACCCCAAAGGAUGUCCCUGAAGGAAUCAGAACCCCCAAGAGACAGCACUCCUCCCGAUUCGAUAUUUCUCCACAACGAGAACUCGAGAAGCUGCCCGGCUUCCAUGAAGUACCGCCAAACCGCCGACAAGAUCUGUUCAUGCAGAAAAUCGAUCAGUGCAACGUCAUAUUCGACUUCAACGAUGCUAGCGGAGACAUGAAGUCCAAGGAGAUUAAGAGAUUGGCACUGCACGAGUUGUUGGACUAUGUGGCCAACAACAGACAGGUCAUUACGGAGGCAAUGUACCCAAGGGUUGUGGACAUGUUCAGUAAGAACCUCUUCCGACCCAUUCCACCUCCGAUGAAUCCCCAGGGGGAAGCCUUCGAUCCAGAAGAAGACGAGCCAGUUCUUGAGGUGGCGUGGCCCCACAUACAGGUCGUCUACGAGUUCUUCUUGAGAUUCAUCGAGAGCCAAGACUUCAAUACCAAUAUUGCCAAGGCAUACAUCGAUCACAGUUUCGUCCUGCAACUUCUCGAGCUAUUCGACUCUGAGGAUCCCCGUGAGCGCGACUUUCUGAAGACAACUCUCCACAGAAUCUAUGGAAAGUUCCUCAACCUCCGGUCAUAUAUUAGGAGAUCUAUCAACAACGUGUUCUUCCAGUUCGUGUACGAGACGGAAAGAUUCAACGGAAUUGCGGAGCUUCUUGAAAUCCUUGGUUCCAUCAUCAACGGUUUCGCUCUCCCUCUCAAGGAGGAGCACAAGCUAUUCUUGACCAGAGUGUUACUGCCACUUCACAAAGUCAAGAGUCUGAGCAUGUAUCACCCUCAACUUGCGUACUGCAUAGUUCAAUUCCUGGAGAAGGAUGCUGCGCUUACAGAAGAGGUGGUGCUUGGUCUGCUUCGAUAUUGGCCCAAGGUCAACAGCACGAAGGAAGUGAUGUUUCUGAACGAAGUCGAGGAUAUCUUCGAAGUCAUGGAUCCUGCCGAGUUCGCUAAAGUCCAAGAGCCCCUCUUCCACCAACUCGCCAAAUCUGUAGCCAGUCCCCACUUCCAAGUCGCCGAGCGGGCAUUGUACUUUUGGAACAAUGAGUACUUCUGCAACCUGGUCAGCGAUAACGUCGAGAUUAUUCUCCCGAUAAUGUUUGCACCUUUAUACGAGAACUCGAAGGGACAUUGGAAUAGGACAAUUCAUGGUAUGGUCUACAAUGCCAUGAAGCUCUUUAUGGAGAUCAACCCCCAGCUGUUCGACGACUGUUCGCAUGACUACACUGAACACCAAAAUAACGCCGAAGCUCGCGAGAAAGCCCGAGAGAAUAAGUGGAAGGCUCUUGGUGAGCAGGCCUCGCGCAGCAAGGCCAAUGGUACCCGCCCAGCCGCGGUCAGCGUCUCAUCAUCGCGAUCGAAGAUGGCUGACGAGCUGGACCCAAUGACGGAGGAUAACCAGAAGAGGCUGGAUGGUCUGAAGCUGGGGCAGGAUGGGGAGAGGAGGGAGCGCAGACCUACGCAUGAUCGGCAGAACUCGUUUUUGCGUUUUCAGGAUCGGCAUGGCGCUGCUCCUGACGAUGGUACGGGGGAUAAACAUGUCGUCAAGAUCGUAGCAGUAGAAAAGGACCUCGAUUUCACAAAGCGGCCGAGUGCGACCAUAUAUGCGGAGGAUCUAGCUGAACUCGCGCGAAUCCUUCUAGCUACGACCGAGGUGACUUACAAUAUCGGAUGGCUCCGAGUCCAGCUCGUCAUAUUCUGUCAGCUUGCGAGUAUCACAGGCAAUCGACCGGAGACUCUCGUUGAGCUCCGAUAUCGACACCUAAAGCUGACCUUGAUCCGAAAUCCCGAUGGUAGCGGUCGUCCUCGUCUCUUUGCUAAACCGACGCCCGGAUUCACAAAACGACAUCUCGGCUCAAAAGAUAUCGAACUCAAAAACCCCGAGAUGAUCUACGAUCCAACCCUUGCGCUCAGCCCGCACGUCUUCCUCUUCGGUAUGCUAUUCAAGGCUUGCGCCUUCAAGUCGUCGAGUAUUGAUUGCCCGGAAAGAUCCGGUAAUCGCUGCCUGAAGGCUAUGUAUGGUACGGGCGCGUGGAGUCUCAACUCUCCAGCGGUUGGUAUUGAAACUGGGUGUUUCGGUUCUUCGGCGCUACGGAGUAAUGCCAGCACAAGUCCUAUACUCAAGAGCGCGUUGCAGUCACAGGCAGCGAGCACAGGUGCGUUCCUGCUAGUAAGCAUACGUCUAUGGCUACCUUUCAGAGAGGAAAACUCUUGGUUGGGCUUCGGCAUUCCUACCGUCUCUGAUCCGGAAAAGAUGGCGAGAAAGACUGCUAGCCAAGUGCUACUACAGAAUGUAACGAAACAUCUUGAUAGACUGCGAGGGAAUCGUCGCAUUCGGCAGAUGGUUGAUACUAUCGAAUCUCCAAUGCCAACCGAAUAUUCGCAAGUUUGGAUGAUUCCGUUGCUACGUACCAAAUCGAGAUCGGAGCGACAUCACUAG